GCUCUCCGGUGCUGGGCGAGGAGGUGGCCGGCAUCCCGCGGGCUGGGCCAUGGAGGAGCAGGACCGUGGUGGGUCCACCUGGGAGCCCCCACAGGACAAGAGCCCCCCGGAUUCGCCUUGGUCAUGGAUUCCAAUGAUGAAAGACCCUGGAUGGAUCAGAAACGUGUGGUCUUCAAACAUUAAUACUCAAACCAUGAAUUACGUUGGGCAGUUGGCGGGCCAGGUGUUCGUCACCGUGAAGGAACUCUACAAGGGCUUGAAUCCUGCCACCCUGUCUGGAUGUAUUGAUAUCAUCGUCGUUCGCCAACCCAAUGGGAGCCUUCAGUGUUCCCCUUUCCACGUGCGCUUUGGGAAGAUGGGGGUCCUGCGCUCCCGAGAGAAAGUGGUUGACAUAGAAAUCAACGGGGAAUCCGUGGAUUUGCACAUGAAGUUGGGAGACAAUGGAGAAGCAUUUUUUGUUCAAGAGACUGAGAGUGAUCAGGAAGUGAUCCCCAUGUACCUGGCCACCUCCCCUAUCCUGUCGGACGGAGCCGCCCACAUGGAGUGCCAGUUGAAAAGGAGCUCGGUAGAUCGGCUCCGAACCCUGGACCCCAGCACGUCAGCCCAGGCCUCACCUCCCAGUGAGGCCCCUUCGAGCGGCUCUUUAGUGAAGAAGAGAAGAAAAAGGAGGAGAAAGUCCCAGCUGGACACCCUGAAAAGAGACGACAACAUGAACACAUCUGAGGACGAAGACAUGUUUCCCAUAGAGAUGAGCUCCGACGAGGAGGCCGACCCGCCAGACGGCAGUAGAACUCUUCCUAAUGAUCUAUCUGCAUUCCAAGAAGAGGUUUCUAAGGAAAACCCUUCCCCCAUCAUGACUUACCCUCAGUCAGCAUCGUACCCUAAUUCUGAUAGAGAGUGGUCACCCAGCGCAAGCAGCCUGAUAGAUUGCCAAGGGACUGCCCCCCGCCUGGCAGUUGUGGCCGAGGGAGGCCUUUCUAGCUCUUGUCCUUCACGGCCUUCCCACUUCUAUGCUUCGGAAAGUCCUUCAGGCUCCCGACCUUCAACACCUAAAAGUGAUUCGGAAUUGGUCAGUAAGGCCGUGGAUAGGACGGUGCAGAAGAAUAACCUAGAAAUGCUUUGGCUCUGGGGAGAAUUGCCCCAGGCUGCAAAGUCUCCACACAAGAUGAAAGACUGCAGUCCAUUAAACGGUAGGAAAGUCUGUGAUAAGACGCACUUUCAGACCGUUCAGAGUGAAUCUUCAGAUGCGUUCAGUGACCAGUCGCCGACGCUGGCCAGGCCUCCCGUGCCGCCCGGUUUAGAGUCGAGCAAGCCUCCAACGGACGUGCAGUGUGUGAACGAAGAUGAUGUCGAGGCCUUAGGAGCCGCGGCCCCGCCUUUACCCGCGAUUGAAGACCCCAAGCCCCUGUCUGCCAGUGUGGCCCCGAUGGCGAGCAAGACAGAUUCUCCUUCCAGGAAAAAAGACAAACGAAGCCGACACCUUGGUGCCGACGGCGUCUACUUGGACGACCUCACCGAUAUGGACCCGGAAGUGGCUGCGCUGUAUUUUCCCAAAAACGGAGAGCCUUCCGGGCUGGCCAGACACACCAGCGACAACGGCGCCCGGUCGGCCAACCAGUCCCCGCAGUCCGUGGGCAGCUCUGGUAUCGACAGCGGCGUGGAGAGCACCUCGGACAGCCCGAGGGACCUGCCGUCCAUCGCCAUCUCCCUCUGCGGAGGCCUCAGCGACAACAGGGAGAUAACCAAAGAUGCGUUUCUGGAACAAGCCGUGUCGUAUCAGCAGUUUGUGGACAACCCAGCUCUCAUUGACGACCCCAAUCUUGUGGUGAAGAUCGGGAACAAAUAUUAUAACUGGACAACGGCGGCCCCUCUGCUCCUGGCGAUGCAGGCCUUCCAGAAGCCUUUGCCAAAGGCCACUGUGGAAGCUCUCGUGAGGGAUAAGAUGCCCAGAAAGGGCGGAAGGUGGUGGUUUUCAUGGAGGGGAAGAAACACCACGAUCAAAGAGGAAAGUAAGCCAGAGCAGUGCUUGGCUGGCAAGAGCCACAGCCCCGGGGAGCAGCCGUCACAGCUCGGCAUGGCCACCAGGAUAAAGCAUGAGUCGUCCUCCAGUGAUGACGAACACGCAGCUUCCAAGCCCCCAAGUGCGGGCCACCUCCCCCUGUUGUCCAGCGUCAGCUACAAGAAGACCCUCCGGCUCACUUCGGAGCAGCUGAAAAGCUUGAAGUUGAAGAACGGCCCCAACGACGUGGUCUUUAGCGUGACCACACAGUACCAAGGCACGUGCCGCUGCGAGGGCACCAUCUACCUGUGGGACUGGGACGACAAAGUCAUCAUUUCGGACAUCGACGGGACCAUCACCAGGUCAGAUACUCUUGGCCACAUUCUGCCCACCCUCGGGAAGGAUUGGACCCACCAGGGCAUUGCUAAGCUGUACCAUAAAGUGAGCCAAAACGGAUAUAAGUUUCUCUACUGUUCUGCACGUGCCAUCGGGAUGGCGGACAUGACGAGGGGCUAUUUGCACUGGGUCAACGAGAGGGGCACGGUGCUGCCUCAGGGGCCCCUGCUGCUGAGCCCAAGCAGUCUCUUCUCGGCCUUGCACAGAGAAGUGAUUGAAAAGAAGCCCGAGAAGUUUAAAGUCCAGUGUUUGACAGACAUCAAAAAUCUGUUUUUUCCAAACACGGAACCCUUUUACGCCGCUUUUGGAAACCGGCCGGCCGAUGUGUAUUCGUAUAAGCAAGUAGGAGUGUCUUUGAACAGAAUAUUUACUGUCAACCCCAAAGGAGAACUUGUACAGGAGCACGCAAAGACCAACACCUCCUCGUACGUGCGACUCUGCGAAGUGGUUGACCACGUCUUCCCGUUGCUGAAAAGAAGCCAUUCUUCGGACUUCCCCUGCUCGGAUACUUUCAGUAAUUUCACCUUUUGGAGAGAGCCACCGCCACCUUUUGAAAACCAGGAUGUUCAUUCUUCCUCCGCAUGAAACGUCCCAAGCAGCCUCCUGACGUCAUGUGAAGACCCGGCGCCCCCGAUUAAAGGAUAGGUUUUGGGAGCCGUGGAGCAGGAACCCAGGAGCCUGACGUGCCGUCGUUUGCUUAAGAGCAGAGAAAUCGGAGGGGCGUCUCUCCCCCUUCCCGGUGCCCCGGGGUUGGCGUUUCUGAGUGAAGUGUGAAGGGGGUGCUUUGCAGGCUUGGGGGGGGGGAUCAGGUGCGUUUAAAGCGUGGGAGGCAUGCCUCGGUCAUGGCUGAAAGCCAGUGGCAACGUUGUCCGGCCCCGUCCGGUCCCGCCCGCUCCCACAGCAGCUCGUUAUGGGCUGACGGGCCAUGUGGCACAGGUGGCUGCCUGGGGGGGCGGGGGGGGGGGGUCCCUGCCGAUGACAGUUCGGCUGAGGAACGCCAGAUGCGCAGGACUUCGGUAGAGGAGGGGCACGUGUCCCUUGGUGGCCUGUGUGCCACACCUCCUGCUGGUGCAGGGAGGGCUGAGGGCCCCUGGCUCUGCGGGGUCUCCGCCCUCGCCCUGCUGGCUUGGCCCGCGGGGUCCCCCUGCAGUAUUUGCCGACGGGUCUGAUUGUUAGCUGAGGAGUUCUGGGGUUCCUUUGGUGAAAGGUAAUCUAGGUCAUGGGUGUCUUUCCCUCCUCGGCCCCCCCCCCCCCCCCCCCCCCCGCCUCCUCAGUUUCGUGGCCCGAGGCUGGAAUAUUUAUGCCUUAAUGCACCUGCGGCAGACGAUUUAUUUAGAAUGUGCUUUGUCCAGCUGUCUGUAACUUUGUAGCGCCUUAAGUUCGGAUGACAGUAGACGUUACUAGGGCAGUGCUUUCCAUCCGCUCGACUCCCUGCCAGCAGCCUCUAUCCAGCCGGGCGGUGCCGUGGACGCGGACUUGAACUGAGCUCGUGCCACACGGUAACGAUGGGGAGUUCUGUCGGGAGCUCUCAAAAGAAGCGAGGUGGUUUUACGAAAAUAGUUCCGAGAAGUUAUGUUCUUUGUAGGCACGGUUAUUUAUUACUUCACUCUGACUGGGUUAUUGUUACGAGCAUUUUAGCCAUAUCCCUCCUAUUAUAACUGUCGUUAAUAUAUCAAAAAGAUGUAGAGGUUAGACCAUCCAAAGAGCCUUAUUCUGUAUGUCUCACGACACUGACCUUCCUUUGGAAUUUCUGGGUAAUACAUUUUCCUUCAUUUUUCCCCCUCGAAUUAAGGGCAAGGGGAUAAAUAAUAAUUUGAGUGACAUUCUUUAAGCCGGCGGAAGAGAAUUCCAUUCCCUGUUUGUGAAAUUGGCUUGUGGACAGAACAGUUGGAAAAGUGAAAGAAUUAUUUUGGUAAAAGAUUUUGCUUUACUUUUUGAAGUAUUAUUUUUUUAAAGAGUGUUUUACUCCAAUGACUGAAGUGCUUUCCUAUUUAAAUCGCAUAUUGUUAGAGUCCUAGGGGGCAGAAAAGGCAACAGCUGAAUGACAUUUUACUCUUUCUGUGAAAGAAAAUCCAGGCGUGUGGCCUUCAUUGUGACCGGGGGGGCUCUGUUAGCAAGGGGUGCCUUUACUGAACGGUUCGCGUGGCCGCGCAGAGAAAGGCAAACAUGUGCGUGUUGUGGAUCCCGGAUUUGCCUAGCGAUGUGAACGUGCAUGUGCAGAUUCCCUUUUAAAAGUAAUUAAAAAUUGUUCUGCCUUAA